AUGCUCCCCUUCAGUCCCAAUUGGCUGUUUGGCCUGGCCACGCUCGGCGGCUAUAGUGAUGCUCAGCAGAGACCCUUGAGCUUCCCUGCCGUGCAAGAGAUCUCGAGCAUACCACAGAUUCAAGCGGCUGUGCAAUCAUCAAGAUCGUGUUGUGAGGCACUAGAAAAGGUGCUGGGCGACAAGAUAGUGGUGUUUCCAAGUAAUCCUGCAUACAAGUUGUCCUCAGGGUCGUAUUUCAGCCUCAAAAAUGUUGACCUGCAUCCCACUUGCAUCGCUCUUCCUAAAUCGGCGGAGCAAGUCUCGGCCGCAGUCCAGACACUCACUCGCGGAUUCGUUGAGUGGGGCGAGCAGUGCAAGUUCGCUAUUCGCGGAGGAGGACACACAACUUUCCCGGGCGCGGCGAGCAUGGAUGAUGGAAUCGUUCUGGAUUUAGGUCUUCUGCCCGCUGCAGGGCUGUCGUCCGAUCACAAGUCCAUAGUUGUCAGCCCCGGGCAGACAUGGGAUCAGGUGACGGAGCAACUGGACCCUUACAACCUCAGCACCCAGGGGGCUCGGGUUGCCGGAACUUUCCAAGUUGUGCUGGCCAAUGGCGACAUUGUAGAGGCCAACGCGGACAAGAACCAAGAUCUAUGGAAGGCGCUCCGUGGCGGCGGGAACAACUUCGGGGUGGUGACAGCCAUAACGCUGAAGACAUUCCCACAAGGCCCUUUCUGGGGCGGGCAGACAUUUCACGACAUCUCCACCAGAAAGCAGCACUUUGAAGCCCACGCCAAGUUCGCCUCUGCCCACCCAUAUGACCCAUACGCCCACUACAUAAACAACCUGGUGCUGAGCAAUGCAACCCGCAGCUGGUUCAUCGGGAGCAGCCUCCAGUACACCAGGAGCGACCCCCCGGUGCCUGAGCCCGCCGUGCUCAAGCCGUUCCUCGACAUCCCGCAGAAGGCCUUGUUCCCGGGAGCACCUUCCAACACCAUCAGAGUUGACAACGUCACCUCUUUCACCCGCGAGUACGCGGCUCUGGCCACGUACCCGAAGCGCUGGCUCUUCGCCACCAUCAGCUUCGCGCCGUCAGCGGAGAUGAUGGAGGCGUUCUACCAGCUGGCGGACAAGGCGUUCAACGUCGACCGCCUGCUGGACCUCGCGGGAUUUACCGUCAGUCUGGCAUACCAGCCCAUCCCGGCCGUCAUGUCCGAGCGGCACCGCGCCGUGGACUCGCUCGGGCCGAUCCAGACCCAGGGCAAUCUGGUAUACGUUCAUCUGGCGGUGGCAACGGACGACGAUGAGAGGGACAGUGAUGCUUUGGUGGAGGAUACUGUGCAGAAGUUCGUCCAAGAUGCUGACAAGAAGGCGAAGAGCUUGGGUGUGCAUAGGAGUUACCUGCAGGGGACUUAUGCCGACAGCUGGCAAAACCCCCUGGAGCGCCGCUCCGCCGGUACACUUGAGGAGCUGUGGGCUUCAGCUAAGAGGUACGACCCGGGUCAGGUUUUCCAGAGGCAGGUGCCGGGUGGCUUCAAGCUACCAAAGAUCUAA